GGAGCAUUCCUAAUGCUGAUUGUGGAGCUUUCCUAAUGCUGAGUGUGAAGUUUUUAUUCAGUACUGUUUUUAUGUACGUACACGUGACGAAUGGAGUGUUUAUGUAAAUGAUACAAAAGCACGAAGAGGAUAUGUAAUGGUCGAUACCAGCUGAUGAUUAACAAUUAUACUUAACCUCAGAUAUGCACAUAGAUCAGAACUGACUUAAGAUUAUCUACAACUAUGCAACGUGUUGAUCAACAUUGCCAGGAGACGGUAGACCAACAACACACCGGUAAACACCGUCAAAGGGCAACUGACCUCCAGCAGGCAGUUGCCAACAAUCAACAAGCUAGCGAGCGCCUACAAGCUGGCACUGCACCCAAGACCAAGUUACAUCGUUGUCAGGAAUGUCAGUUGUCAUAUCCAACAGCGUCAGGGCUGACAAAGCACAUGAAAAUUCAUAAUCCAGACAAGCCCUACAAGUGUCAGGACUGUGAUAAGAAAUUUGUUACCAAAUCGGGUCUCGAUAUUCACAAAAGAAAUCAUACUGGUGAAAGACCAUACAAGUGUACAGAAUGCACGAAGGCUUUUACUACAAGAUCAGUUCUCAUAAUGCAUAUGAGAGGCCAUACAGGGGAGAAACCUUACGAGUGCAACAUUUGUCAUGCAAGGUACACUCAAAGUGCAACUUUAGCCGAUCACAUGCGACGUCACACAGGUGUAAAACAAUAUCAGUGCUCAGUUUGUAAGAAAGAAUUUAUCACUAGAAUUGAUUAUCGAAAUCACAUUAAGGUGUGUCAUGGAACAAGUAAAUUUAAGUGCACGAUCUGUCAUACUUUUUUUCCAAACAGAAAUGCUUUACAAUAUCACACACAAAUGCAUACAUGCGAGAAGCCUUACGAAUGCGCAGAAUGUGGAAAAAAAUUUGCCGCCAAAGUUUCUUUGUCAGAUCAUAUAACUAUAAAACACUCGAAUGAAAAGUCUUUCAAAUGUGACAUUUGCAGUAAAUGUUAUGCCACUAAUUCAUUAUUGAGGGCACAUGUUUACGCUCAUCGCAAUACAGGUGUUCGAUGUGAAUGUGGAAUUAAUAUUAAAUCUGCGAGGCAUAUAUUGCGUCACCAAAAUGGGAUACGAGCAUGCAAGAAAAAAAUUGCUUUUAAGGAAUAUUUGUGCACAAUAUGUGGAAGACAGUUUGACAGAAAAAUAACUGUUAAAAAUCACGCUAGGAAAUGCGACUUCAAGACUGUACAUAUAAGUUUCUUCUGUGACUUUUGCCAUCAGGAAUACAAAACAUUUGAAGCUUUGGUAAGACAUUUGAUUGAGCAUUGUCAACAUGGGGGAUGUAAUUACGAAGACUUAUUGAAGCUAACGACUGCAAAUAAGCUUCACAAUCCGGCCAUAAUUGUGCAGAAAUACAACACAUUUAUGAAUCAGCUUGGUGACAUUUCUCACAUUCAAACAGCUGGUACAAAAAGUCAUUUGGGUAACGAGAUAUUUGUUAACAAACAAAAUGUUACUCACCAAACCUCAAGUUCUUCAGCAUACUUUGUGCCAUCUGCUAGAACCCCAAGCCUAGUUGCAAACCUUGCACUACCUGUGAAUAACUGUGCAGCUGCGACUCAAAGCCUAUGUAAACAGUCUGGAGAAAAUUUGACCAUUUACAAAACAGGUAGAGCCAGACAACCCCUCGUAAGCGUUGCAUCAAUAGAAAACCUUAGAUCAGUUGGUGCCUCAAGACUGCAAACAAGUCUUACGCCAAAUGUCAACAUCUACAGGUCAGAUAGAACUACAAACUCUCCUACAAGCCUUGAGCUAACUCUGGACAACUAUAGAACAUCUAAGAUCAAACGUCCUGUAAACCUUGUACCAUCUGAGAGCAACUGUAGGCAAGCUGAGGUUACUAGCCCCCCUGUAAGUCUAGUGCAUGCCGUGGGCAACUAUACAACAGCUGGGAGCAAUCAAAAGGUACAUAUAAACAAUUGGAGAAAUGAAUCCAUGGUUCAUGGAAGUAGUGUAUACAAAAACAAAACACAGAAACUAACAAACUUAGAGAGAGACAGCAAAUCUGUUGACUCUAUUGACCAAAUAAAGAGCCGGAUGCAGAUAAUUCCAAAUGAACAGGAUCAUCUUUUCCCUUACUACAACUCUCUCCAGACAACACACACAGAUGCAGCCCAACAUCAGUAUUCAAGAGAGAAUCGUACUGAUACCAAGAAUCACCUGAAUAUAACUGCCGCUAAUGUUGCACAAUUGAUCAACACUCGUAUAGGCCAUGAAGUUGUGAAAAGUGAAGAAAUAGAAGUUGAGGAAUACUAUCCAACGACUGGAUUUGGAACACAGAUGUAUGAGGAAAGUAGAAAUUCUUGUAAAUAUAUCUCAUCUGGGGAAAACCACAGUUCGCAUUUAGAAGAUGAACAUAAUCCUAACAGGCUGAACAUGAACACUAAGCAAGACGCACACGGAGGCAGAAUAUAUUUAAAAAAUAAUAAUGGCUAUAAUCUGGAUGCUGUUGACAGGAGUGCUAAGCUGGAUACAUACGAAAAGUUUGAGAAUGAACACUUUGAUUAUACCCCAAAUAAAUUAGUGAAACAAGAGUGUCGUGACCGUGAACAUUUUGACAUUGCAGUGAUCAACUGUGCGUCUGUGAUGAACAGGAAUUAUGCCAUGAUUGAGGAAAGAGAAGAGGUGUGUGUAAAGGAGGAAGUAACGUGGAGAAAAGUGAGCAAGUAUGGGCAAGAGUCUAGCGAGUUGAGGCCGGAGGUGCAACACCUGGAGAGCACUUCCCUACUCACCAUCGAUGGUGUAACCAUCAUUAAGAGUGAGUCGCCUUAUACAGCUAACCAGCUGCCUUAUACAGCUAACCAUCUGCCUUAUACAGCUAGCCAGGUGCCUUAUACAGCUAGCCAGGUGCCUUAUACAGCUAACCAUGUACCUUAUACAGCUACCAGCUGCCUUAUACCUCACUCCCUCAUAUUUGAUUACUUCACACACAACUGCAUCAUGACUUAUUGCCUAAUAUUUAACGACCUCACACUUGCGUACAGCACAGGAGACUACCUCACACUUGGGUACAGCACUGGAGACUACCUCACACUUGAGUACCGCACAAGAAACUACCUCAUACUUGAGUACCGCACAGGAGACUACCUGACACUUGAGUACCGCACAGGAGACUACCUCACACUUGAGUAAUGCACAAGAAACUACCUCAUACUUGAGUACCGCACAGGAGACUACCUCACACUUGAGUACCGCACAGGAGACUACCUCACGCUUGAGUACCGCACAGGAGACUACCUCACACUUGAGUACCACACAGGAGACUGCCUCACACUUGAGUACCGCACAGGAGA